AUGGCGCUGGCGUCUAUUGAGCUUAACCUAGACGACAAGGAGUCCAUCAAGAAUGCAGCACGAACCGCAGCGUCCGGAAUGUUACAAUAUUACACGGGCUACAAACCGGGAGAUGUGCCUGGGAAUCUUCCAGACCCAUAUUAUUGGUGGGAGGCAGGUGCUAUGUUUGGGGCUUUGGUCGAGUACUGGUAUUACACGGGGGAUUCCCAAUGGAAUGACAUAACAACCCAGGCCCUGUUGCAUCAAACUGGCCCCAGCGCCAACUACAUGCCAGCUAAUCAAUCGAGAACACUGGGCAAUGAUGAUCAAGCGUUCUGGGGACUGGCCGCCAUGUCCGCUGCCGAAGUAAAAUAUCCAGAUCCACCAGAGGACUCACCGCAGUGGCUUGCUCUUGCCCAGGCAGUAUUUAACACACAAGUACCGCGAUGGGAUGAUGCGACAUGUGGCGGAGGUUUGAAGUGGCAGAUAUUCACAUUCAACAGUGGCUACAACUACAAGAACACGAUCUCAAACGGCUGCUUCUUCAAUCUCGCCUCUAGACUCGCGGUAUACACAGGGAAUAAUACAUAUGCGGAAUGGGCAGAAAAGACAUGGGACUGGGUAUUCACUAUUGGCCUGGCUAGCCCUGAUUAUCAUUUUUACGACGGAACAGACGAUCUGAAGAAUUGCAGCGCCCUCAAUCAUAUACAAUGGAGUUACAACGCAGGUAUAUUUUUGCUUGGGGCUGCUAACAUGUAUCACCAUACCAAUGAAUCGGAAGUAUGGAAAACUCGUUUAGAGCGCAUCAUCAAGGGGCUGGAUGUGUUCUUCCCGAAAAACAACAUCAUGAGCGAGGUCUCAUGCGAACCCAAUGGAAAAUGCAACGUGGACCAACGAUCUUUCAAAGCCUAUCUGGCACGCUGGAUGGCAGCGACAGUUCAAAUAGCGCCUUUUACAUAUGAUCUACUCAUGCCAAAACUACGUGCAUCAGCAGAAGCUGCUGCUUUGCAGUGCAAUGGUCCGAACAACGCUUGCGGUCUACGGUGGAAUCAAAACGAUACAUAUGACGGAAGCACCGGAGUGGGUGAGCAAAUGGCUGCCCUAGAGAUUUUCCAAGGGCAUCUGGUUAAUACCGCUUCCAAACGAGUAACGUCGGAUACCGGUGGCACCAGCAAGGGUGACCCAAACGCUGGCACGGGCACAUCGGACGAAGACUCCGUUGGAAUGGGCAGAGAUGCUAUCACUACUGCAGAUCGGGCUGGUGCGGGAGUUCUCACCGCGGUCAUUGUCAUGUGCGCAGUUGGCGGUGCAUAUGCAAUGAUAUUUUGA